CUCCGUAUAAUCCUCCGGAACUGAAUUUCCACUCCCAAAAAGAAAACUACCAAAUUCAAAAUCUCAUUUUCCUUCCUUUUUCGAAAGUGACGGUUAAGAACAUGGCACCCAAAACUAUUCGCAGGGCAUUAAUCGCUGCGGCGGCGGUUAUGAUCGUUCUGUUGGCGACGGCGACUCCUUCCGCCGGCAACGACGAUCUUCAUGGUAAAGAGCGCGUGAAUAUCAAAGUGGAGACAAAAAAUCCUGCCGUUGAGGAUGACAAAGAUCAGAGUUCGGAGUCGUGGACGGAGUGGGCGAAGGACAAACUCUCCGAGGGCCUCCGGCUGAAGUCCACCCAAGACGCCGCGAAAAGCGCUAAGGAGAAGAUCGCCGACUCGGCCUCCGGAACAGGGCAGUAUGUAGCAGACAAAACAGAGGAGGGUAAAAGGGCGGCCGGAGAAGCUAAAGACAAAAUCGCCGGCUCUACUUCCGGAACAGGACAGUACGUAGCAGAUAAAACAGAGGAGGGUAAGAGGGCGCCAGCACAGGGCCUAGGCGGGCCCCUAGGCGGGGACUAAUCGGAGACAUAUAAAUUAUAGUUUUAUUAAUAUUUUUUGCAUAAAUAUGAUUAAUAAUGUUGUAUUUAUGUGUAUAUAAAAUUAAAACACACAAUAACAUGCAUGAAUGAUAAGAGUUUUCACAUUUAAUAGCAUAUUAUACAUACUUCUUAACUUCAAGUAAUAUUACGUAAUAAUUAUUAAUAAAUAAUAAUAACACUUAAGAAUAUAUAUAUAAAAACAUGUAUAUUAUUUUUUUCAAUCUACAACUAGUAGCAUUCUUCAUAUGCGUUGUUAGAGUUAAAGAUACAUAUAUCUCUUAAAAUACUAAAAUAAAAAACAAAAUAAAAUGUUUGAUGAAUCUAGAUGACUAGGCGGCCGAUUAAGCACUCUAGGCGGGUAGUUAGCCGCCUUAGGCGGCCGACUAAUUCACCUAGGCGCCAAAUCAAUUAGUCGGAGCGUCUAGACUAAAAUCGGGGUGCCCGAGUACCGCCUAGCGCCUAGGCGGGGACUAGUCGGGCGCCUAGAGCGAUUUUUAGAACCAUGGUAAAUAUUGACAUUGUGAUUGACAUUGCAGAAAAACUUAUCAAAAUGGUAUAAAAUCAUUCAAAUAAGGAGAGAGAUAAUUUAUUUUUUAAUAUUUAUGUGGCUAUUUUCGAUGUCACAUGUGCACCGUCCAUCCACAUUACAACAUUAGAGAUGCUAUAAGGAGCCUGAAGUAUGUAAUACUAUCCUCCGUCUCUUUUUAAUCGCAAUAUGUUGAAUUUUACACUAUUCACAUGUUCUACUUUGACUACAUUUUAUAUUAUUAUUUUGUGAAAAUUAUUUUUUUAAAAUUAUACUGUUCAAUUCAUCUCAUUACAAAUUUCCAAAAUCUAAUUUUUAAAUAUUUUUUACUAAUAGGGAUUAAGAUAUAAUUACGCUCAAAGAUGUGCAUUGGCAAGUGUGAAAUGUUGACCGUUGCAACUAAAAAAGAACGGAGGAAGUACAUCCACAUUCUGAUAUUGUCGAUUCACCACCAUUUUAAAUAAGUGCAUUGACCGAAAUAAGAUGUAGUAGUUCCAAUUUGUUUUUCAAAAGUAACAUUUUUUUAUGAAUCAAAAUCCUUCCUAUCGAUUUUUUUGAUCGAAAAAUUCUUCCAAUAAAAAAUUCAAUUUCAAUAAUUCACAAAAAUUGAUAUUAUGUUAUAUUAUCAGGUAGAUAUGAAUAUUGAAUAUCGAUCUCAUUUUGCAUGCGAAUGCAGGAACAGGACAAUACAUAGCAGACAAAACAGAGGAGAAUAAGCGGGCAGCUAGCGAAAAAACCAGAGAGGCCAAGGACAUGACGUCCGACGCGUCGGAGAAAGCGAGACAAAAAGCUUCGGAGGUCGCCGGAAAAGCUUAUGAGACGACGAAAGAGACAGCGUCCAAAACAGCCGACCAAGCCUACAAGAAAACAGGGGACGCUAAGGACUUUGUGUACGAAACAGCCAAAGACGCCGGAGCAAAGGCAUCCGAGACCGCGGGGAAAGCAUCGGAGACGGCCGAACAGGCGAGGCAGACAGCAGCGGAGAGGGCUAGAGAAGCGAAAGAGAGGGCCGAACAAGCAGGGGAGCAGGGGAAGGAGAAUUUGGGCUGGGCAGCGGAGAAAGCGAAGGAAGGGUACGAAGCGGCGAAGAACAAAGCCGGCGAAGCGUUGGAGACGGCUAAAGAUAAAAUUGCUUCGAAUCUCGGGAAUGCGAAGGAGAAAGCGCAGGAUGCUAAGGAUAACGUAGUUUGUAGCGACAAAGCGGUCGGGAAAAACGCCAACUCAAAACUCCGCGACGAGGAGCUCUAGAUUUUUCUUAUUUAUGCACUAUGACCAGCAGCUUUCCUAAAUUGUGCUUGAAAUGAAACUCGUUUGGAUAUUUUGUUUUACGUUAAUAUAUAAUCCGUAGAUAUAUUUUGUUUUGUGUACGUUACGUUCCCUGUUCUUUGGCUAUGUUUGGCAUGACAUUUCAG